GCCAUUUGGACGUAAACACUGAAGCUCUGCAACAAAAUGGCGUAGCAGUAUGACAGGAGACAGAUGAAUCGGUUGAAUAAAGUCAUUAUUUUUGUUUUGUUUUUUGCACAAAAAGUAUUCUUUUCCCUAAUGAUGUCUUUAGUACCUUUCUGGACCUCAAAAGGUACAAUGACGUUGCUGCCUGUGUGUGGAUCAGAUACCCUCGGAUUUCAUUAAAAAUAUCUUAAUUUGUGUUCAGAGAACAAAUGAAGGUCUUACGGGUUUGGAAUGACAUGAGGAUGUGAAUCAGUGAAGGAUGAUGGCGUCUGUUUCAGAUCACCUUCUGGAUGCUCUGGAUGAUCUCGACACAGAUGAACUGAAGAGGUUUAAAUGGCGCUUAAAAAAUCUUAAGGGCUUUUCAAGGACUGCUCUUCAGAAAGCAGAUGCCCCUGACACAGUGGAUCUGAUGAUGAAGUCUUUUGGACCAGAAGAGGCUGUGAAGAUCAUGGUGGACAUCCUGAGGAAGAUGAACCAGAACCAUGUGGCUGAACAGUUAGAGAACAAACACAAGCAAGCUCAGUCUGAGGGCAGCAUUGAGGUUCCUGCGCUUGUUGGAGCCAAUUCAAAACCGAUAGAGGUCUCUUUCACCAACAUUGUUCCCAGGACCAGGAACGACUUCCUACAAUAUUCCCAUCAGCUCACUCUGGAUCUGAACACAGUGAAUAAACACCUCUGUCUGUCUGAGAGGAACAGAGUGAUUACUUACACUAGCACAGUCCAGCAGUAUCCUGAUCAUCCAGACAGAUUUGAUCAUUGGGAGCAGGUGUUGUGUAGAGAGAGUGUGUGUGGACGCUGUUACUGGGAGAUUGAGUGGAGUGGACGUGUGUAUAUAUCAGUGUCAUAUAUGAGCAUCAGCAGGAAGGGACGGGGUAUUGAGUGUGUGUUUGGACGUAAUGAUCAGUCCUGGAGUUUGUACUGCUCUUCCUCCAGUUUCUCAUUCAGACACAAUAACAUGGAGACUGAACUCCCUGUAGUGUCCAGCCGUAGAAUAGGAGUGUUUGUGGAUCACAGUGCAGGAACUCUGUCCUUCUACAGCGUCUCUGGAGACACAAUGAUCCUCAUCCACACAGUCCAGACCACAUUCACUCAACCGCUCUAUCCUGGGUUUACUGUUUAUAAAGGAUUAGUGAAACUGUGUUGAUGUAUCAGAAUAAGAUUAUAGAGUCUCUUAUUGUCUCUUCAUUACAUUAAUACUACAGCUGAACUACUGUCAGUGAAAUAACAUUUCAGAAUUCAUGUGUGUCAUAAAUUUUCAUAUAGACAAACAUCCUUCUCAUUACAAGAAGAGUAUCUAUUGAAACCAACCUGCCAGAAAUUGUACUAACACCUUCAGGAAACAAAUAAUGAGCACUUGCACAAAACUUUUACAUUCAAAGGAAAACAUGUAAACAAAUAAAUAAAAUGAAAUAAACAUUGUCAGGGUUUUGUCUGU